AUGAACAUGGACCGCGACCAGCCUCAAUUCUUCGCCCAUCCUGCCUCACAGCCGCUCCAAAACGCCUCCCGCUCCGUCCGCAGUCUUCACAGCUCCACGCCCUUCUCCGAGCCCGAGGGCGCUUCGCCCUCGCCUCACCCAAACCAGGCUCGCGUUACCAACGAUGUCUUGCAAUGCAUACACGGAUUGAAACAUCUGGACGACCAGCAGAUAUUGGAUCUGUUGCGGGUCGCUCGUGGUCCUGAUCGAUUCUCAAUCUCGACAAUCGACAGUCGCGCGUCAUCCUACCUCAGCAUCCCGUCCAGAGCACCCAGCAUAUUCUCGAACCCGAGAGACUCGGUCAGCACCACUGAUACGCGAUGGAGCUGCUAUACCGCAGCGUCUCGCAUGUCGCAAGCGCCCAGUGUCACGACGGCUAAGAAGUUCGGUUGCACAUUUUGUGACAAGACGUUGAAGACGAAGGCCUACUGGAAGUCACACGAAGAGGAGUUCCACGAACAAGCACAGAGGUGGAAGUGCCCUGACUGCGACCAAUGGUUCAACGCCGGAAAGCGCUUUCGCGAGCACCACUACAAGUGCCAUGCUUGCGAGAAGUGUGAACAGAGCAAGGACGUAGGACCUGGACACCCGCGCAAGCCGUCGAUGUGUGUGAAGAAAGCAAUGCAUCCAAUGCACAACAAAGACGCCUGGGGCUGUGGCUUCUGUGCGAAGCUUCUUGCAUCGUGGGAGGAGAGGUGCGACCAUAUUGCCCAGCACUUCGAAGACGGCGCAGCCAAGUCGGACUGGAAGUUCACGAAUGUCAUUACCGCCUUGCUCCAACAAUCGAGAAUCUCGGUGGCGUGGAACAACUAUCUCGCGACUAAGCAUGGGGACAGCUCCCAUUGGCCACAUUUCUCGUGGGAUCCUAAGAAGACGGCUAGCUUCACCAAGUACAAUCGUCUAAGAUUCUCAUUAGAAGACAGCUGGGACUCGCGUGCGUUUGACGUCGACAACCUUAUCCAACAGGUCUACGAACUAGGAGCGGUUGAGUCGAAAGAGCAGAAGACCGAGUCCAUGGAAGUCGACGUUGUUGAGGCGAAGAUUGUUCCUUCCAAUGACAUGGAGAUGGAAAUGGAAAUCCCCGUGGAGCAUGAGUACCGAGGACCUCCUCAAAUGGAACCUCCACAAUAUCAGCAGCCUCACUGGGAAGCGCCCUCUCAAGAGACUUUGAAACCCAACGCGAGCCAGGUGACCCUACCCACAACGACUUACAUCGACAAUACCUUUUCACAACCUCUAUCUGUGGACUUCGGCCAGAGCCAAUUGUUCGACAGCAGCUUCUUCAACGACCCCGGAAUCCAGACGUUUGAUCAUAUUGGGUCUUUCAUGGACUACUCCGCGAACGAGCCACCACCCGUGAACCAAUUGGACCCGACUAUGGGGUAUUCAAAAGCAAUGUCAUCGCCAUACACCGCGCCCUCUACGCCAGCACCUCCACCUCCUGUUCCCACGCCUCAAUCCCACCGUGCUCGAUUAGUCUCGAUCGCGAGCAGGCGGGUGCCAGUGCCUCAACCUCAGCAACCUCCACCGCCACCACCGAAAGAUAGGGUCCCUUCCCAGAUGGGGGCUUCUCACGCUUCUCACAUGAGUACCUCUCAGAUGGGCAUUCGAAGGCAACCGGAUAAUCCAUCGCGGCAUGCCAUUCUUCCAUCUACGUCUUGGGCAAAUGAAGAACAGUGGGGUUGA